AUGACUCGAAUUCUCUUGACUUUGGCUGCUUCAGUGACUAAAACCUCGCGUUCGAUGGUCUCUGGCGCUUCUUGUGGAUGUAUCUGGCCGGCCCUGCGCAAACUCCCCGUCUGCAGGGCCCGGAGUAGACAAGACGAGCUUGAUCAAGUUGAGGAGGGCCCGUUGUUGUUUCAUCUGGUCAACACGCCUGAAGCGGGUUUCUCAUGUCUCCUCCCGACUUUUGGAGAUGGACUGUCUUCAAGGCCUCAGUCAACAACCAUCCCUCUCAUGAAGCCGGAAAUGCCUUAUCUAACCCCACUCAACCUCUCCAGAUUUACCUCGCCGCUUAGACCUGCGCCCUAUACCUCUAUAUUUGUAGGCGUACUUGGAACAUUUCAUGAAGUGACUAAAGCUAACUGGGCUUUGGGCUUAGAGAACGGAGUAAGCAUACGGCCGCUGUGGGAAAAGCUCAAGACCGUUUUUGAUCUACUUGGGAUACAUUUGGCUUCCCGAAUCGGUCCGAGGGCACGGGAAUCACUCGAAAAACAAACCUGCUUGGUCUUAUACGUCACAGAUAGCCGUACUCAAUGCGAUGGGACGGUCUACUGGGACAAUCUUUGGUCUCCCAAGCUGAUGGAUAUAGACUGCGAAAAUCUGGAAACAAGGGCUCGAAUAGGAGAGCCUAAUGCCUUUGACCUUUCUCUAGGCGCGAAUGACUAUGUCGCACUAGAUUCAUCUCAUGGAUAUCGACGUCGAGAUGUGCCCGAAUUGUCAAUGACAGCGUACCGUCUCUGUCUGCACAAUGCUACCCAUGGUACAUGCUCUGCAAAGGGCUUUGUUGACGCGAAGGUUGCCUCUCGUGCCUUCCUUCGAACGGCGAGAAGGAAACGUAGACAUGAGAAGGCGGUCCUCAUUUAUUGUUCCUUACCCCCGCGACCAUUCCAGGUCACCUCCUUGAUUCAAAUCAUCUUAUUCAUGAACGCCUACCUAGCCCCGAUGGGCUACCCGGUGGAUCGAGCGCGCGCUCUUCACCAAAUUAGAGUGAUGUACAGCAUCCUCGCCUUUAGGCGGGAGAGGUCCAUUAAGACAUCCGCUGGCGAUCGGGUCCUCAGAAGCAGAUCGCCCUUUGCAGGGGCGAAAUUCACCUAG